AUGGCGCCACCUCUAGAUGACCUCGCGGCAAUUUUCAAUGAUCUUGGAGAUCUAGAGAGAGACUUUGCUCAGGUUGAGAUUGAUUCUUUGCGAAGAAAGGAAUUCCACUCACGACCUCUCUAUUCAAAGAGGGCAGCGCUAUUUGAGCGGAUCCCAGAUUUCUGGCCAACCGUGUUUGGCUCCGGGCCUGAGGACAUCCGGCAAUUCUUCUCUCCAGACGACCUCCCGCUCAUUGCCUCCAUCAAGUCUUUCUCCGUCGACCGGUACCAGAUCAAGACGGAAACCGAAGGAGAACCCCGCAGCGUUCGAUUCACAUUUCGCUUCGCCCCCAAUGAGUUCAUGGAGGAUACCAGCUUGGUGAAAGAGUUCGAAUAUCGUACGGCUGAAGAUGGACCUGGUAACCUGAUCUCGAAGCCGGUUCCGAUCAAAUGGAAGGGAAAGAAGAAGGACCCAACACGUGGUCUUCUCGAUGCCGCUGUCGAAUUGUACAAAGCAGAGGAAGCGUUGAAGCUUAAGAAUGGAGACAAGCUAGUUGAAAUUGUGGACCGGGAGGCUCUGUGGCAGUAUGAAAAGCUCCUCGUCAAGCUUGAGGAAGAUGAAACUGCCAAUCAACAACCAAGUUUCUUCUCUUGGUUCGGCUUCAGGGGCGCGGUCAAUGCCGGAAAAUCGAAAAGAUCGGCUGGCGACAGAGCAGAUGGGUCCAAGGAGGAGGAGGAGGAUGACGGCGAAGAUGAGUCUGAUGAGAUGCCAGAAUUCGAGAUCUUCCCUGCCGGUGCCGAGGUAGCCAACGCUCUGGCAGAAGAUCUCUGGCCUGACGCCAUGGACUAUUUCUUGUCGGCUGGCCGAGAAUAUGAGGGCGUUGACGACGAGGACGAGGAUGAAGAGGAAGAUGAGGACGACGCUCCGGAGUUGGUGCUGGCAGAGGACGAUGACAGACCGCGCAAGAAGCCGCGCAAUAGUUGA